AUGGCUGGAGGAAAUUCAACCCUCCCCAUCUGUUUCUUCAAGAUUAUUCUUCAAACCAAUCUUCAAACUAUUAAAAUACCAAAUAAGUUUACAAGGAGUCAUGGUGUUGGUCUACCAAACCCUAUGUUCAUUAAGCCUCCUGAUGGCACUAAAUGGAAAAUGUUUUGGAAAAACAUCAAUGGUGAGAUUUGGUUUGAAAAGGGUUGGAGUAUUUUUACUCAAAAUUACUCUCUACAACAUGGUUGUUUAGUGGUGUUUAAAUAUAAAGAGGGAACAUCAGAGUUAGAUGUAGUAAUACUUGGCCAGAAUGCACUUGAAAUUGACUAUGAUUCUAAGUGCGACACUGUUGAUAUUUUGAAUGUUGAUGAUAGUGAUGAUGAAUCAGAUGAGAUUUUGAAUGAAUGGCUUAAUAGGAAGAAGGUUAGACAGAAGUCGCCAUUAGUUUCUACUAGAGCACAUAAAAAAGUUAGAGGUGAGAUUGAGAAGAAUACAGAUCGGCCGUCUGUACCAAAUUUACAAGGGGUUAUUGAGAACAAGAAGACGAAUGUGAUGAUUCAGAUUGGUGAAAGAUCCUGGAAUCUGAAGUUGCUUCCUUGUUACAAUAAUAUAAGGAGCUGUCGGCUUUCGGCUGGUUGGUCCUUGUUUGCAAGGGAAAGUGGUUUGCAGCCGGGAGAUGUUUGCAUCUUUGAACUGAUAAACAAGAAAGAUUUAGUUUUUAAAGUUCAUGUUUUUUAA